AAGGCACAGAAAUGGCUCGAUUCUAUCACGACCUUGAUCGGAUGUUUUGCCCGAGAAUUUUGAAAGCCGACACGGGCAAUAGUUCGUCUCUGAUUCUCCUGUGGGAAGACGGUAAUGCCAAACCAUUUGAUGCAACUAUUCGCGUCUCAUCGCUACGACAAGUGUUACCUAUUAUUGGAUAGGAGGAAAUGCCUUUGUCCGUAUCUCUUUUUCAUCGCACAUGGUAGCAGGCCGCCGUUGGUCGUGGUACCAGCCCUAUCUAGUCCCUGAGAGAUUUUCUAUUUGAUAUCAAAUUCUCUUGGUUCGGCAAUUCGGCCGGUACCAUCACGUCGGGCCCCAGCACCUCGAUGCCGACCUUCGAGGGCGUCUCUAAGUGCUUUUCAUUAUGAAACAGCCCAACAAUUCUCCCCACCCUAGGCUGACCCUCUCUCAAACUACCGAAUCCUUUUUUGCGUCAUCGGAACCCCAAACAAAUCUUGAACACCGGGAGCUAAAUGCUGCGCGAAAUGAAACAAUGCGACAUCGCAGAAACCUUGACCGUUCCCAACUCAGCGGAUACCGAUGUUUGUGCGACCAACGAGAACGACUGUUUCGGCAACCGAACGGAACCUUCUUCAUCGGAGAAGCCAACAGGAAUCGGAAAGAGCCUCUAGAAGCGAUAACAGAUCGAGAAGAAUCCAACGAACAGCAUCUUCCCUGCUUUCCACUUGUUUCGACGUUGCCCUUUGAAGGAUAAAAGGUUGUGCAGAAAAAGAAUGUGUGGUAUUGCAUUUAGAUACAUAAGUCCCAAACGUACCAGAUAAAGGCUACUAGAAUAUGACUCGAGUUGGAUGUCAUUCGAAAAGGCAUCCUUUACGAACAGUGUGAAUGAUAACAUAGGUGAUCGUUCUGACAAAUACCGCAAAUCGUUCUUCAUAUGGAGGUGCUGGAGUUACCAAACCUAGCACUGAUAUCUACAGAGAAAGGGGAAACAGCGGCUUGUUUCGUUCACAUUUGUAGUUUAUGAUACAUGAGCCUCGGCUUCAAUUCGCUACCUCCCAAACAAUCAAUAUUAAAUCGAUCC